CCGCCUACGGCUUCCAUUUCUGUUCUGGAACACACGAGCGCUCGCGAAGAUUACACAUUUGCUUUUCUGAAUUUGUCUUCUAAUGUAAAUAGAGUAGUAAGUGCGACAUAUUGACGAAGUGAAACCUAUUUAUAUUUGGAUAAAUAGUGUUGUUUUUUUCCGCUGAAGGACACGUUUGAGCUCCAGAAGAAGCGAGGCGGGCUUUUAUUCCCCAUUUUAACUUUAGUGAGCGGCGUUUUCCGCCGUUUUUUUAUUCCCUCCCCUACCCCUCUCGCUCCCCCCUGUGAGAGUCGCGGCCUGUAGUGCAGCCACGAGGCGCGUCGGACCACCGGGAAUCAGGCGAUGGCGGAGUUUGGUAACGGACUGGCAGAUGAAUCUCUGCUGGACUCAGACCCGGGACAUUCAGAACUUGAAGACCCAGGUGUCGGCGAUGAAGAACCGGGAUUAGACGAGGGAGAGGCCGCUAUUGAAGAUCCGGAGCUGGAGGCAAUUAAAGCCCGGGUGCGAGAGAUGGAGGAGGAGGCAGAGAAACUGAAGGAGCUACAGAACGAGGUGGAGAAACAGAUGAAUCUCAGUCCUCCACCUGCUGGCCCUGUCAUUAUGUCUAUUGAAGAGAAGAUGGAAGCAGAUGGGAGAUCUAUUUACGUUGGAAAUGUGGAUUAUGGUGCGACGGCAGAGGAGUUGGAGGCGCAUUUCCAUGGCUGUGGUUCCGUAAACCGAGUCACCAUCUUGUGUGACAAGUUUACAGGACACCCCAAAGGGUUUGCAUAUAUAGAGUUUGCAGACAAGGAGUCUGUUAGGACAGCCAUGGCACUGGAUGAGUCCUUAUUCAGAGGAAGGCAGAUUAAGGUUGGGGCCAAGAGAACAAAUCGUCCUGGCAUUAGCACCACAGACCGCGGUUUCCCUCGGGCCCGCUUCCGCUCACGGGGAGGAAACUUCUCAUCCAGGGCGCGCUACUACAGUGGCUACACACCCCCCAGAGGCAGAGGACGGGCCUUCAGGUUUCAAGACCAGUGGAGGCUGACUACCCCUCCUCCCGUGGCUGCGGCGCCCCCUACCGUCUCGGCGGCGUCUCUGUCUCUUUCUGCACCCGCUAUGCACACUCACCCCAUCCUCUCCAUGUGGGGGGGUGGGGGAGGUGGACAGGGCGACCACCGGCCCACUGCGGGAGGCAUUUAUUACAAUAACAAGCGCUGAGCUUUAACAACAUGAAUAUACUGAGAUGCACCAGGCCCAUGUUAACACAGACAUACAGACACCGCACACAUCCACCACACAAAUUUAUAUAUCGUGAAGGCAGAGCCAUGAUAGAGCAAUGGCUGCUUAAAUUGCGAGUGAGUGAGAGAGGCAGGACUAGAAAGAGCUUGAAGGGGAGGGUUCUUCUAGGGCCUUGUCUUUCUCAGUGCACAGUGCAGUUAAGGCACGAUGGAGCACUAACGCGUGGGCUACAGGUAUCGGUUACUUAAGGAGGGCUUCGGAGCUUUUAUUUCAGGGGGAGGGAGGGGGGUUUGUGUGGAGAGGGGUUUCUUGUUUCUGUUCGUUUUCUUUUUUCAGAUGGGGGAGUGGGUGUGGAUGAAAAGAGAAGAUGUUUUCCUUUUUUAUUUUAUUUUUAACCCAUGAGUCUGUAAUUAGAAAAAAAAUUAAAGACAUUGUGUAAAAAGUAUUUGAAGUGUUUGUUUGUUUGUUUGGUCUUUCUUUCGGGCCGUUCUGUGACUUCCAUGCUAGGUUUCCAUGGUGGUGGGUAAAGUGUAAAAUAAGAGUAAAACCUAAAUGUACGUGUAAAAUUAAUUCUAUCAGAUGGUUUGGCCAAAAUGGUCACUCAUUCCAAACUCAUCAUAGUGAUUAUGCUUUUGUUGCUUUCAUGCCAACUUGAUGUACAACGUAUUUUACUCGUUACAACCUGAAUUAUGUACAUGCUUUAGUUUUACUUAACCCUAAUAUCAAUAUGACCCCAAAUCAAGUUUUCCUUAGGUAAAAAAAAAAUGGUUCCCUUCAUCUCAAUGGAAUAAGUUUUUGUGACUUUUCAACUCUGUAUUCAUAUAAAAA